UGGCAUCCCUGGUUGUCCAUCGGUACGUUUUGGGGCCAAAUUGGAGACGCUCCGUGCAUCGACAAUGGAGCAGCAUGCCGUCUUGGCCCAACGCAAGUCCGCCUGCCCGGGGCACUCGUGGAAAGUCGCCCCGUCUCAUACCCAACAGAAUCUUCAGCUCCCACUUGGACAGCAUCAUCAAGAGCAAAGAAAAGGAGAGAGACGUCCAAAGCCAACGCCGGGCCGCCCCGACCGCGACGGCCGCAGAGGUUAACGCUGAAGAAGAAACAGACUCCUGCGACGCGGCCUACUCCGACCUGCACCUGCAAGAGCGUCAAGAACCGUAUGGGGCGGAGAGCGAGGACGUCAACGUCAGUUUUGGUAGUGUCAAAGAAGAGAUUCGCAUUCAAGUGACAACUGAAGUUCACAUGAUACCCUGGCCAGGGGAAGAACUUCAGACACAGCUUCUCAACAACUCAACGCACGAUGAAGAUGUUGAUUCAAUUGCCAAUGAAGACCAGGAUGAAGUGCCGUCACCUGAACUUGCACCCCAAGCUUCUCACCAAAAAAAUGCAAUGGAAGAAUUGGAAGGAGAAAAUGCUGCCCCUCGGCGUAGAAGCUCCAAAAGUAAAAAGCACAAGAAGAGAAAGGAAGAAUCUGCUCAAAGAAAUGAAUCCCCUUCAAGGGAGGUCAAGGCACACUCAAGAAAAUCCAGGAAAUCUAAACGCUCUGCUCAUAAAGAAGAAAAUGAUUCACCAGACAGAAACCCCUCUCCCACUAAGCGCCAGUCAAGACAUGAAGACUAUGAUCAGACAGAUGAUGAUGUCAAAGGCAAAAUUCGGAUCAAGCUACGAGGUGAGGGAAGUCUCCAACACCUAAAUAGAUCGGUUCCUCUCAGUCAACAUGAGACUGAUUCCUCAUCUACCCCACAAAGCCUGAGAGGCACUUCCAAAGACAGGCUGAAUCAGUCAUGGAGUGCAGAGACCCCAAGGAGCAGGCAUGAAAAGAGAGGAAGAAGUAGUCACAAGAGACACAAUUCCCCUCUGCCUGUGUAUUCUUCCUCAGAGAACUCAACACCUGUCAAGGCUGAAGACACCAAGUACCCACCACAGCAGCUUAAGAAUUUGAAUCACCUAGCAAGGAUGUCUGCAUCAGAAAUUUAUGUUGAUGUUGCUGUGUCAUCUGCAUCUGAUGAUGAAAUUUUUGAAAAUGAAAUAUUCACAAUUCGUCACCAUUCAAGUGAAACUGAGUCUCCCUCUGAAGUGUCAAGCAGAAGUGGUAGUGGUUGUUCAAAGCCUAGUGCUGGCCUCAUCCCAUUUUGUGCACCACGGCCUGCAUAUGUACCCAUGAGGCAAGAAAUGUAUCACCCACCAGCAAUGACAGGGUCUCCCUAUGCACCCAACUGGCAAAGUCCUCAACAGUAUCCUGCUUCUCCUGCACCUGCAAUGCAGCAAGGAGUAUUCCAAUGGCAAGAUGACUUUGAUGGUGAUGCUAUAGCUUCACUAGUGAGAUAUCCGUCUCCUCCACACCCUCAGCGUCCCCUUUUAGGUGAUCUACCACUAACACCACCGGGCACUGUAGAUUACCCCAUAAAGCGGCGUUCAUUACCACCUUCUCAGGAAUAUCCAAUACCACCUGCAAACCGUUAUUCUCUACCCCAUCAAUGGCUUCAACCCGAGUCUUCAGCUGAACUACUACCUGCUGCUCCAAUGGUUGAUAAGCGAUUUACUUGCUUACAAGCACUCGACAAUCCUCCAAUACCCAGGAUUGGUAGUUAUCAACUUAUUGGUGAUAGUAUGCUUCUCCGCUUUUCACAACAAAUACUGGGACAACCUCCAAUUCUUAGUGAGAGCAUACGGUUUUUAGGAUACUGUGUGAGUGGCCAGAGAAUUGGAGAUCUAUUGAAACGCUUAAAAUCAGGGUUUUAUCACAUAGGAAAUAACGUAGUUCUUAUGAUCGGAACAAAUGACCUUGUCAAAAAUUGUCAAGCUGAGCAAAUGAUACAUGAAUUGCGUCGAGUUCUGGAUUAUUUGUGUACCAAGGCUGAGAAAAUAGUAGUCCUAACAUUACCACCUGUUCCUCUCCAUGAGCAUUUUACCCACCACUGGACAAGGUUGAAUAAGUACAACGACUUUAUCAGGACACUAAACAAUGCUGGUCCCCCUCAUAUUUCCCACCUAGAUAUCUCCAGAUUGUAUUGUGACAAAAGAAUUUCAAAGUGCAGAAUGGAUUGCUUUGAAUUGAAAUUUAAAUCUUCUAAACGAAAGGAUCUUAUACACCUCAACCACAAAGGCCUUCUGUUGGUAAAAGAUGAGUUGUAUAAACUUUCUUAAGUUGUUACUGCCUGCUUUAAUGUAACUUACCAAUGUCUUUGCUAUUGAUGACAAUCUUAUGUGAAGUUCUAGUGCUAGUUUAAGAAGUUUGUUACUACCUAGUUGGUUUAAAAGUUGUUCUUGACGGUUUGUGCCAACUACUGUAUCUGUUGAGAUAUUUAUUUUCCUUAAGGAAUGAAGAGUGGACUGUUCCUUUCUUUUUAAUUGUUUCUGUUCUGAAUUGCCAUCUUACAGUAUUAUUAGUUCUUGUUAUGGCUUCAAUAAAUUAUAUGAUUCCUAAAGAAUAUUUUGUUAAAAUAUUUUCUUUUUUAUGUUAAGGAAAUCAUGAAGGGUAGAAGUGCAACAAGCAAUGAUAAUUAAUAAGUUCCUUCAUUCAACAAAGAUUUAUUGGUCAGAAACAGGAAAUAUAGCUACUUAAAAUCAAAAUGAAAGUUGUUUGUUCUUUGUUGUGAAAGUUCUGUUCCAGGACUAUUUUAGUCAUGCAUGAAAUCUUGAAGAUUUUUCUUUAAAUUCUUUCAUUUAAAAAAAGAAGUUGAAAUUUAUCUUGAUUUUGCUUAAGAUUAUAUUGAAGCAUGGUGGAAUGCCAGUCAUGGACUUUGUACUGGAACUUUUGGUCCCCUGUCAUCCCACCAUUCUAGCAUCUGUAGCCAUGUAGCCAUGCUGCAGCACUGCUGUAGUUGGGGCAGUCUCACACUUGGUGCAAUACCUGCUGGACCGUAUCUUAAAUCGUAUAUUGUCAUGAGAUCACGACAAACUGAAAAUCUUUCCUCCAACAUGAGGAUGCCGGUUACUUACGGUAUUUUUAGAAAACAGCCUCAAAGCUUCAACACCAAAGGGUACUGAGAUUGCGUCGCAUUCUAUUGACAUUCCUUUUGUUAAUCUCAGUUUUGUUUGCUCAAUGUGUUUUGAAGGACAGUUUUAUUAUGUUUUUUGUGUUCAUCUCACUGCUUUCAAUUUGAGUACAAUGUUUGUAUAGACUUUAUUUAUUGAAUUUUUUGUUUCAAUUUUCCUGUAGACAUUCCUGUGAAUAAUUUAUUAAAUAUAAUAUUCAUAAAGUUCAUCAUGAUCCUACUUAAGAUAGAAUCUCUUAUGACAAGAGACUUGUUUCCUCAAUCUCCUAAGGUGUCUUAUUUCCUUUUGUAAGAAAAGAAAUAAAUGAGAAGAUUCCUGUAUAGAUACCAACUGUAUGCAUGGUAUGUUCUUACUUCUCCUAACCAAUUUUCUGGAGCCGUUCAUACUUUUCAUAAAGUUGGUAUCCACAGAUGAUGAUAAUGGGUUUGAUUUAUGUUUCCCGAAGAUCUAAAAAAUUAGGCUAAUUUUUAAAGCCAAAUUAAAUACUUUCUUUCUAUUUGUGUGUAUGGGCAUAUCUUGUUGCAUGUCCAUUUUAUGAUGAUAUGUUAAGAAUAACAUUUCAUAUUUUGUACUACACUUAAACUAUUUAUUUAUUUAAUAGUUGUUGACGUGUUUGUUUUGUCCACUCAUUGCAAGUUUUGUGCAAUGUUGUUAGCUGAUUUUGUUUUGAAUGUUUUCUUUUUUUUUUGUUGACUCAUUUUAGUCCACUGUCACUGGAUUUGUCCUUUUCCUUGCAUUUGCACAUUUUGUCCUCCAUCUCUAGUUCCUUGGUUGAACUGCAGUUUUUCUUACGAAGCAAGUUUCAAAUGAUCGUAGCUAAGUUGUAUCAGUUUAUCUUGCUGCACUUUCUACUUCGGUCACUCAAUUAUUUAUCUACACUGAAUUUUGUGUAAACGUUAUUUAAGCUGUGCUGUUCCUGUUGCGACAUUCACACAAUUCCUGUUACAACUGUAUUUAAUGUAUUUGUAAAAGAGUUCAGUUAUGCAUUUCUUUUGACAGAAAUUUUUAGAUGUGUGUUGCCAUGAUAUGAGAGGCUUUUGUUGUUCAUGAGAAAGGCUUUGGAUCAAUUGAAGUACAGUGAAGUAAAUUAUUCAUUACUUGA